AUGCCUGAAGGCGGGAAAUCGAAAAGCAAGAAAAAGAACAAGGCCGCCGCAAAGGCCAAGGAAGCGGAGAACAGCGCCGUCGAGUCCCAGGAUCAAUCCGCCGUGAAGCACGAUGGCGAGGCGGAGGAACCAUUAGAACCAAGCGACGAACAGCCCAGCACCAGCGACCAGCCCGCGACAGAGCCCCACGAUGCAGCGACGAAUGAUAACGAGACCAACCCCGACGCUGCCUCGAAACACGAGUCCGAUGACGACGGAGACGAUGAAGACAACGGGAAACAAGUCGACGGCGAUCCCAACCCACCCGCCGACACGCUUCAAUCGGAGGACCGAUUCGACGCUCUGGUACGAGACCGAGAUUCUCUGCGCGCAGAAGUGACGGAUAUGCGGAAGUCUCUGGAGGAGAUCCAGACCAAACACCGCGAAGAGAUGGAAGCGCUACAGCACAAGUUGGACGAUGCCGAGAGCAAAAAAGAACAUGCCGAGACGCAGUUCCAGAAACUCCUGGAGCGGGUCAAUACGAUCAAGUCGCAGCUGGGCGAAAGGCUGCGAGAAGAUGCUAACACGUCGUUGGAAGAGGAACUGAAGGCGAAGAGCUCUGAGAUCGAGGAGCUCACCGAAGACAACGAGCAGAAGUCGAAGGAGAUCUCGACCCUACGGGACCGAACGAACCUGUCCCAGCAGAACUGGUUGAAGGAGAAGGAAGAGCUCCUCGAACAGGAAUCCUACCUCCAGACAGAAUUCGAACAGGCCAAGGAAGCGAUGCAUAACUGGGAGGUCCUGGCGAUGGAGGAGCGAUCCAUCCGGGAGAAUCUGGGCGAGAAGGUGGUUGAUCUCGAAGAGCAGCUCGCCAAUCUCAGGGAUGCCUAUGAAAGGGCUGCAGCUGAACGAGAUUCUCAGCAGUCGACAGUUGACGGGUUACAGCGGGCCCUGCAAGAGAUCCAGACAGCCCGCAAGCAAGAACUCCGCGAACUUGUCGAGAGUUCCGACGCUCAAGUCGAAGAGCUCAAACAAGCCCUUCAGAGCGCCGAAAAGAAGGCAUCUGAGGCAGACAAGUCUCUCCACGAAGCUCAAGAAGAGCUUGAGCGAGUGAGGCCAUUCGAGAAAGAAGUCAAGGAGAAGAAUCUCCUCAUCGGAAAACUCCGACAUGAAGCGGUGACCUUGAAUGAUCAUCUCACAAAAGCACUACGGUUUCUCAAGAAGGGGAAGCCAGAAGACAAUGUUGAUAGGCAUAUUGUCACAAAUCAUCUCCUACAUUUCCUCGCCCUGGAUCGGUCCGAUCCAAAGAAGUUCCAGAUCUUGCAGCUUAUUGCGGCCCUCUUAGGGUGGACAGAUGAGCAACGUGAGCAGGCAGGCCUGGCACGCCCUGGGGCAUCAAGCAACUCCGGGAAGCUUCGAGUCCCCAGCACGCCUGUUCAUCGCACCCCCAGCACGCCGUCGUUAGCCACCGAGUUCAUGGACAAUGGAAACGCGAGCAAGGAGUCGCUGGCGGAGCUCUGGUCCAAUUUCCUGGAGCAGGAAUCGCAGGCGGCCCAGGAGAGCGCACAAUCAAAGCCAUGA